GGGUGUCGCUGCUGCUCGCUUUUUACAUUUCCAGCCGGUUUGAGGGUGGGGACGGCUCAUUUGGUAAGGAAUUUGGAUUCCAUUCCAGGGUCAGCUUAUGCAACAUUGUUCCAGAGCAAAAAAAAUCUCGAGGCGACUAUGGCUUCAUAUAUUUUCUGGAAAGGGCUGUGAUAUUGCUGUUGUGAUCCAUGGUGGCGGAUUUACUGUUCAUUUUUCUGAAAAUACAUAUUCCAUAGCCAUGAACGAGACCAUUAUCGCAUACCAGGAUCUUAUUACAUAACAUGAGGCUGGGUUAAAAAAAUUCUAGGGCGCGUAUGCUGAUGUUUCCAUAAGCAAAGCUUGAGAG